GGGUUUUAUCUACCUACUACACAAACCAUUGCACAUUCUUUUACUACUUGGAUCAAAAUGUAUUUGAUUGCAACUAUAACUGCGUUACUGUAUGCAAUCUCUCUGGUUGCUGCACAACCUCAGCUUGAUCCUUCGCUUGCUUCCAGUUGGAUGAACUUGCAGAGAUCUAUUUCGAAUAUUCCUCUUCCUGAAUGUGUCAAUGACUUGUCGAACACUUGGAAAGAAUCUCAUAAUAUCUUUCUGCAAACUGGCCUUUCCAUGCAGUUUUUGGACUCUCUUUUCAUUUUAUCCAAUGUUGGUGGUGAUAUUGACGAGGCAGAAGGUGUUCGAGUACAGAUCCGACAAUUCACUGAUUUGGCUACUAGUGCUCUUCGAAAACAACAGCAGCAACAGCAUCAGCAAGAACAACAACAGCAGCAGCAACAGCAGCAACAACAGCAGCAGCAACAGCAACAGACGGACAGUGAGAAAUCUGGCACAUCAGGAUCAGAAAGUACUGUUGAUCCCGGUAAAAGCAAUAGCUUGGUUCCCAAGGCCGGUCUUGUCUCUGCUGCACCUACCACUUCACGCACAAGCUUUGUCGUGUGUUUAGCUGCCUUGGGUGCUAUCUUUCUCGUCUAAACUCUAAUCGGCUCCUAUCACUCAAUCUGUAUUUGCUACAUUUUUCAAUUUGGCGGAUUUCUGGCAUCCAAUCUCAAUUUCUCGUCACUUAUAGUGCGAUUCGUCACCUGUCUCUGUUAUCGCAUAAUCACCCUUUCAAUUUCAAAUCAAUAUAACUGCAUUGUGCUUUAA